GCGGUAUCGGUUCAGGCCUGGUGUUUUGUUUCAUGGCAGGAAAACGCGCGUUUUCGCGACACUACGUGUUUAUAACGGCCCUCGCGCUGCUUAAGUUUUUCUUACAAGUUCCCACUUCAACUGCUGAUUUGUUGGAAAAUCCAAAAUUUAGUGCUCCCAUUACAAAUGUAACCGUACCAGUUGGACGAGAAGCCAUUUUAUCUUGUUUGGUGGAGGAUUUAGGACAAUAUAAGGUCGCCUGGCUGAGGGUGGACACACAAACAAUCCUAACUAUACACAAUCACGUGAUCACGAAAAACCAUCGGAUAGGUGUCACACACAGCGAGCACAAAACAUGGUAUCUACACAUUAAGGAGGUACGCGAGAAUGAUAGGGGAUGGUACAUGUGUCAAAUCAACACUGAUCCAAUGAAAAGUCAAGUCGGAUAUUUAGAUAUUGUUGUUCCUCCGGAUAUUUUAGACUACCAAACCAGCACAGAUUUGGUGGUUCGCGAAGGAGCAAAUGUUAAUCUUCGUUGCGUGGCCAGGGGUUCCCCGGAGCCAUCGAUCAUGUGGCGGCGAGAGAGCGGCGAGGCCAUCAAAUUGCAUUCCGGAGAAGAAGUGUUGAGCGUGGAAGGGCCAGUUUUGAAUAUAAGCAGGGUGAGCAGGCAACAAAUGGGCCCGUACCUUUGCAUCGCAUCCAACGGAAUACCACCAUCAGUGAGCAAACGCAUCAUGUUAAUCGUACACUUUUCUCCAAUGAUUUGGAUCCAAAACCAGCUGGUCGGAGCCUAUGAAGGGCAGCAAAUUACCUUAGACUGUUAUUCUGAGGCAUUUCCUAAGUCCAUUAACUACUGGACCACCGAGAAAGGAGAAAUUGUUUCUCAAAGUGGUAAAUUCGAACCUUCUUUUAUAACAAAUGGUUACAAAAUCCACAUGAAGUUAACUAUAAGAUCGAUAUCACCGAACGACUAUGGAAACUAUAAAUGUGUUUCUAAGAAUUCCCUUGGGGAGACUGAUGGCACCAUUCAAACUUUUUCCGUUCCAAAGCCAUCAAAACUUUCUAAUGGAUUAUCAGGAAAAGGUGAGCGAGUCUCCACUACCGUGUUUUUUUACAGUUAUACAACAUGUAUUUCCAUAGGUAAUGUUAUUUAA